CAAAGUGACGUGAGAGAAGUGGCGCCCCUGCUACCCACAAUGCAGUGCGCGUGACGUCAUAGUGAAGGGACCAAGAUGGCGGCGCUCGGUGCAGCAGAAGUGAUCACACAGCUGGAGAGCGCUGCUAAAGUUCUCAUGGCACCGCCGUCCAUGGUCAGUACGGAACAGCGGCAGCAGGCGGAGCACGUCUUUCUCUCCUUCCGCAAGUCCAAAUCCCCCUUUGCCAUUUGCAAACACAUCUUGGAGACCAGCAAGGUGGACUACGUGCUGUUCCAGGCGGCCACCGCCAUCAUGGAGGCGGUGGUGCGCGAGUGGAUCCUGCUGGAGAAGAGCAGCAUCGAGUCCCUGCGAGCGUUCCUCCUCACCUACGUCCUGCAGAGACCCAGCCUGCAGAAGUACGUCCGUGAGCAGAUGUUGCUGGCAGUGGCCGUCAUCGUCAAGAGAGGCUCUCUGGACAAAUCCAUCAGCUGCAAGAGUGUCUUCCAGGAGGUGGGACAGCUCAUCAGCAGCGGCAACCCAGCUGUGCAAACCUUGGCCUGCUCCAUCCUGACGGCGCUGCUCAGCGAGUUCUCCAGCUCCAGCAAGACCAGCAGCAUCGGACUGAGCAUGGAGUUCCACGGCAGCUGCAAGCGCCUCUUCCAGGAGGAGGGCCUUCGCCAGAUCUUCAUGCUGACCAUGGAGGUGCUGCAGGAGUUCAGUCGCAGAGAGAACCUCAACGCUCAGAUGUCCUCCAUCUUCCAGCGAUACCUGGCUCUGGCCAAUCAGGUCCACAGGAAGAUCCGCGAAGACUCGGACAUGGCCCAGGACUCCCUGCAGUGCCUGGCCCAGCUGGCCUCCAUGCACGGGCCCGUCUUCCCAGACGAGAGCGCCCAGAUCUCCUACCUGGCCCACCUGGUGGAGGGCCUGCUCAGCAUGAUCAACGGGAUCGAGAUCGAGGACUCGGAAGCGGUCGGCAUCUCCAACAUCGUGUCCAACCUGAUCACCAUGUUCCCCGGGAGCAUCUUGACGGCGCUGCCCAGCAACCUCUUUACCUCCUUCAUCAACUGCCUCACGCUGCUCACCUGCUCCUUCGGACGCAGCGCCGCCCUAGAGGAGGUGCUGGACAAGGACGACAUGGUGUACAUGGAGGCCUACGACAAGCUGCUGGAGUCCUGGCUCACGCUGGUCCAGGACGAGGAGCAUUUCCCUCGCGGCUGCUUCGUCCAGCCCGCCGUGCAGGUCUUCAACUCCUACAUCCAGUGUCACCUGGCCGCGCCGGACGGCACCCGCAACCUGUCGGUGAACGGCGCGGCGUCCCACGAGGAGGAGGAGAUCAACGAGCUGCAAGAAGACGACCGAGAGCUGUUCUCAGACCAGCUGUCCAGCAUUGGAACGCUGGGCCGCGUGGCUGCAGACCACUGUAUCCCCCUCCUCACAAGUCUUCUGGAGGACCGGGUCACACGACUACACGGCCAGCUCCAGAGGACCCAGCAACACCUCAUGGCCUCCUCAAACCUGGAAUCAGCGGACCGCAAAGUGCUGGACGACCUGUACGAGGACAUCCACUGGCUCAUACUGGUCUCAGGAUAUUUACUCGCCGACGACCCCCAGGGCGAAACGCCCAUGAUCCCCUCCGAGGUGAUGGAGUUCUCCAUCAAGCACUCCACCGAGGUGGACCUCAACACCACGCUGCAGAUCCUAGGCUCACCAGGGGAGAAGGCGUCGUCCAUACCGGGCUUCAACCGCACCGACUCGGUCAUCAGGUUGUUGUCGGCCGUGUUGAGGACCUCCGAGGUGGAGUCCAGAGCCAGCAAAGCCAGUCUGACGCAGCUACUGAGUCCACAGAUGGGAAAGGACAUCGUUUGGUUCUUGAGACGAUGGGCCAAGACCUACCUGCUAAUGGAUGAGAAACUCUACCAGCAGGUCAGCAUCCCCUUCAGCACGGCCUUCGGAGCCGACACGGAGGGAGCCCGGUGGAUUGUGGGCUACCUGCUGGAGAAGGUGAUCAAUAACCUGUCGGUGUGGAGCUCCGAGACGGAGCUGGCCACCGACACUGUGGAGCUGCUGGUGACGCUGGUGGAGAGGAGGGAAAGGGCCAACAUGGUGGUGCAGUGUGAGAGCUGGUGGAACCUGGCCAAGCAGUUCGCCAGCCGCAGCCCACCACUCCACAUGUUGUCCAGCUCGGUGCAGAGGACCUUGAUGAAGGCCCUGGUUCUGGGCGGCUUUGCACAAAUGGACUCGGACACGAAGCAGCAGUAUUGGGCUGAGGUCCUGCACCCUCUCCAGCAGCGCUUCCUCAACCUCAUCAACCAGGAGAACUUUGCCCAGAUCAGCCAGGAGGAAGCGGUGAAGCAAGAGAUCAUCGCCACGCUGGAGGCGCUGUGCGGCAUCGCCGAGGCCACGCAGAUCGACAACGUGGCCUCGCUCUUCUCCUUCCUCAUGGACUUCCUGUCCAGCUGCAUCGGCCUCAUGGAGGUCUACAGCAACACGCCGGAGACCAUCAACCUCAUCAUUGAGGUGUUUGUGGAAGUGGCUCACAAGCAGAUCUGCUACCUGGGAGAGACCAAGUCCAUGAAACUGUACGAGGCCUGCCUGACGCUGCUGCAGGUCUACUCCAAAAACAACCAGAGCAGGAAGCGGAGCGAGUCGGUGGCCGAGGAGGACCAGUACCAGGACCUCCUGCUCAUCAUGGAGCUGCUCACCAACCUGCUGUCCAAAGAGUUCAUCGACUUCAGCGACACAGAUGAGGUGUUCAGAAGCCAAGACCAAGGAACGCCCGCCUCCAGUCGGCCGGUCUCUGCAGCAGACGUGGUUCUGUACGGCGUCAAUAUCGUCCUUCCCCUCAUGUCUCAGGACCUUCUCAAGUUCCCAUCUCUGUGCAACCAGUACUACAAACUCAUCACCUUCAUCUGCGAGAUCUUCCCCGAGAAGAUCCCACAGCUGCCUGAAGACCUCUUCAAGAGCCUCAUGUUCUCACUGGAGCUCGGAAUGACCUCGAUGGGCUGUGAGGUGAGUCAGUUGUGUCUGGAGGCUCUGUCGCCAUUGGCUGAGCAGUGCGCCAAGAACCAGGAGAAGGACACGCCCCUUUUCAUGGCCACCCGCCACUUCCUCAAGCUGGUGUUCGACAUGUUGGUGCUACACAAACACAACACAGAGAUGACAGUGGCAGCAGGAGAGGCUUUCUACACACUUGUGUGUCUGCACCAGGCGGAGUACGCCGAGCUGGUGGAGACGCUGCUGGCGUCGCAGAGGGACGCCGUCAUCUACCAGCGUCUGCUGGACGCCUUCACCAAGCUGGCCGCCAGCUGCACGCCGCCCACCAUGGACCGCAAGCAGAAGCUGGCCUUCCUCAGGAGCCUGGAGGAGUUUGUGGCCAACGUGGGGGGGUUGCUGUGCGUCAAGUAACUAUGGAAACACUCACAUUGCCUCCAUGAACUAUGGCUAGGCCAGGACACGCCCCCCCGCGCUCCAGACGGCCAGAGGACGCCAGUCUGACCACCAGCUCUCGCUCCUUUGCUGAUGGACACACCUUGUGGUCGGCGGGAGGCCGUCGCCAUGACAACCGCAGGAAGUGAACUGAUCACGCGUGUCAGCAGAAUUAUUUUACAGCGUGAAGUUUGUGGUUGCAUUUGGACGUUUGAACACACACACACACACAUACACACACACACACUUACCCAGAGUGCCUUUGUGUUGGUGUGUGUGCUCGCCACACCUGCUGUCACCGUGGCAACAGUCACAGCCGCAGGUGUGUGGUCCUGAAAGAACUCCGCGUGUUGCUCUCGGAGGACUGCAGAGACUGAAAUGUUUUUUUUACGCCAGCAGGGGGCAGCACCUUGUGCUUCCUCAGCUGAAGAAGAAGAAACUGUCUUCUUUUCUCCCCUCAUCAUGAAGUUUGUGCCUCCGAUGUUUGGCCACAAGAAUAAAGUCGUAGUAUUUUUCUACCCCGAUAAAACCUUCAUACCAAAUAUGAGAGAAUGAGAAAGAGGAGCAGAGUGGAUUUACCACAAACAUGUUUACCACCCUCAACAUGUACAUAAAGAUGUUGUAUCAAGUC